GUUGAAAUUUAUUCAGUCAAUAACAAUUCGCGUCAAUGUUCGUGCAAUGCAACAUCAAUCGUGAUUACAAUGUUUUUAAACCUCGGGACAAAGCAAUAAUCAAAUUUCAUUUUCGUGCUUGUUACUUUUGUACGUACAAUAUUCGUUCAUCGUAGUGGUUCUUAUCGUAUGCAAAAAAAAAAAUGACCGAAAAAUCGCAAAUAGCCGAGUUUUACGCCUUCAGAAAAAUCCUCAUCACUGGAGCGACCGGAUUCAUGGGCAAAGUGUUAGUAUGGAAGUUAUUACACAGCUGCCCUCAAUUAGAAACAAUUUUUGUGUUGAUGCGAUCAAAAUAUGGCAAAAACCCGAUAUCUCGUAGAUCAGAAUUUUUCAACUCGCCGGUUUUCGAAAAUUUCAAAAAAGACAACCCAAAAGUGUUCGAAAGAGUUGUGUUCAUAUCCGGAGAUGUGGGAGAAGACGGGAUAGGAUUAUCGAGCACUGAUCGAGAUAGAUUGAUUGACCAAGUAUCCAUCAUAUUUCAUAGUGCUGCAAUUUUAAAAAUGAACGCCGAUUUACGGACUGCUGUUAAUGUAAAUACUGUUGGAACCGUAAGAAUGCUCGAAUUGGCGCAACAGAUGAAAAAGUUGGAGGCAUUUGUUUACAUUUCCACAGCGUAUUGUUGUUGCGAAAAUACAACAGUGGAAGAAAAAAUGUACCCAUCGAAGCAUAAUCCACAAAAUAUAAUUAAUCUAGUUGAAUGGAUGGAUCCUGAAUUGCUGGAAAUCAUUACACCUAAAUUAAUUUACCCAUUGCCAAAUACCUACACGUAUAGUAAACGUCUGACGGAAUCUCUGCUACAUAAUUACGUAUCAAAAGUACCAAUUAUAGUGGCUAGACCAAGCAUAGUUGUGGCAUCUGUCAAAGAACCAUUACCAGGCUGGAAUGAUACUCUUAAUGGACCAGCGGGAUUCUACGCUGCAGCAGGAAGAGGACUAAUGCGUGUUACUGCGAUGAAGGUGGACAAUAAAACCAACGUAAUACCAGCCGAUCACGCCAUCAACAGUAUUUUAAUUUUACCAUGGGCCAAUUCGCGAGAACAAUUAUUGAAAGAAAUCAACGUGUACAACGUUUCACAAAAUUCUUUCGAAGAUUUGACAUGGCGCGAAGUAAUGCGUAAUUUCGAGUACGCUUUUGAAACAUGCCCACUCGAUUUGAUGUUGUGGUAUCCAAACUAUAAUCCUGCUACCAACAGCAUGAUGGUUUACAGGAUUAAAAGCGUUUUUCUGCAUUACUUGCCAGCCUACGUAUUGGAUUUAAUUUUAUUUUUGGUCCGUCAAAAACCUUUUUUGGUUCGAGCUCACAAUAAAUUGGCCCAUGGUGAAAAAAUUCUACGAUAUUUUACGGAGCAACAGUGGUCCUUCAUGCACGAUAAAGUGCUCCAAUUGGAGCUACUUUUGAAUGAAACCGAUAAGCGGAUUUUCCCAGUAAAUAUGGCAGAAAUAGAAGAUUUCCAAAGUUAUAUCGUAGAUUGCAUGGUAGCGGCCAAAAUUUAUCUAUUUGGUGAAGAUUUGAAGCAUCAAGCAAGAGCAAAAAUAACCAUGAAAAUAAUGUACGCUUUGGACAAAAUCGUGAUCGUUUUGAGAUACUACUUUUUAUGGAAAUUCCUCGUGUUCCUUUUCAACACGUUUUCCAGCAUAGUGAAUUGAAUAAUUGCACCAAACAUGUAGAUACGUUGUACCGGUAGGGGAUGCGCCCGCAGCUUCCACCUAGAGGGAAGUUGUGUUCCUGUCGGAGUGGCAGCACUGCUUACGAGUAGUGCACUCUAUCGAAGUAGUUCGAGAUGCACCACUCCGAGCUUCGAGCUUUGAAAGCUCGCUAGGUAUAUUUUCACUGGUGCUAGCGUAAGGUAGCAAGUUCAGAGCUUCCGCUUGUAGUCGAUACUACAAGUGUAUUUUAUUCAAUAAUGUGUAGUGUGUUUUAUUAUAAGUCUUCGCGUGUGUUAUACCAGAGAAGUGAAUAAAACAUUACGAACAUUUA